AUGUCAGACCCUAGAAACUACACUGUGGGCUGGAUUUGCGCCUUACCCGUGGAAUACGUUUCCGCACAAGUAUUCCUCGAUGAGGAGCACGACAAACCCCGCUUUGUGUCGCCAAAUGAUACCAACGACUAUACAUUGGGCAAGAUGGGAGAACACAACGUUGUCAUCGCCGUCUUACCCGAUGGUGAAUAUGGAACAGCUUCUGCCGCCAGUGUAGCGACAAACAUGCUCAACAGUUUUCACAACGUCAGGAUCGGCCUCAUGGUUGGGAUUGGCGGGGGUGUACCAAGCGAGAGCCAUGAUAUUCGGCUGGGCGAUGUUGUGGUCAGUGCGCCUCGCGAUGGCGAGAGUGGUGUGUUUCAAUACGAUUUUGGCAAGUCGAUCCAGGACCAAAGAUUUCAGCACACACGGUUCUUAAACCAGCCACCAGCUAUUUUGCGCGCUGCAAUGGCGGGUAUCCGAACUCAAUAUGAGAUAAAAGGGCAUCAGCUUGAGGAGGCCAUCAACGGCAUUUUUGGGAAGAAUAUAAGACUUCGUCGGAAGUACAAACGGCCAGAACCAAUCACGGAUAGGCUAUUUCUCCCCGAAGUUAUCCAUCACCAAGCUGACUGUGCUAUGUGUGCGGUUGAUCUUUCCACGUUAGUACUACGAAGCGAGCGGGCUGAUGACGAGGAUAACCCUGCCAUUCACUAUGGCCUGAUUGCUUCUGGCAAUCAGCUGAUGAAGGAUGCUUUGAUUCGAGAUCGGCUUGCCGCGGAGAAAAACGCCCUCUGUUUCGAAAUGGAAGCCGCGGGGCUGAUGAAUACUUUUCCAUGCCUGGUCAUCAGGGGUAUCUGCGAUUACUCGGACUCACAUAAGAACAAAGAGUGGCAAGGGCAUGCAGCUAUGGUGGCAGCUGCAUAUACGAAGGAUCUCCUACAGAGAAUUCCUCUCAACAGAAUUGAAGCCGAGGAGAGGAUAAGUGCUGUUGUGUCUGAGGAGCUGAAAGGCAUCCAACAUCGCUUAGAUCAAGCAUACAGUCAAAACGAACGGCACUUUAGUGAACAGAAAGCAAGAGUCUUAACGGAUCAACAGCGUCGUUGUUAUCAAGUGUUCAAGGUCGUCAACUACGUGGAGCAAAAGAACAUAAACCCUAUACGGGCUGAGGGAACCUGUCGAUGGGCUUUCCAGAGCUCUGAAUACAUCCGUUGGUGGGAGAGCAACUGCAACGACCUUCUCUGGGUGUCAGCUGACCCAGGCUGUGGCAAGUCUGUCCUCGCCAGAUCGAUAAUUGAUGGUUACUCAGAGACCUCUCAUCCAACUGUGAGAAUAUGUUACUUUUUUUUCAAGGACAAUGAUGACCAGAACAAUCUUGCCAAGGCAUUAUGUUCGGUACUUCACCAGCUCUUCAGCCAGCAGUCUGAUCUAUUGGCAUAUGCCAUUCCGUCCUGGGAAAAGAAUGGGGGGACGCUUCCACAAGAAGUUGACGAGCUUUGGAGGGUUUUGAUGGCGGCAACAUCAGCCGACAUAUCGUGCAAGACUAUUUGCAUAUUCGAUGCACUUGAUGAAUGCCAUGAAACGGAUCAGCGCCGAUUAAUUGAAAAGCUCCAAGCGUUUCAUCGCCAGCCAUCCUCACCAACGGAGAAAACCUGUUUGAAAUUCCUGGUCACCAGUCGUCCCUACGAUCAUAUACAGGAUCACUUUCGAGCAAUCACCGAUUCUUUCCCGCAUAUACACAUCAAGGGGGAGGAGCAAAAUGACCAAAUCCAUGAGGAGAUUGAUGAGGUAGUAAGGAUUCGAGUGAAAGAGCUAGCAGAAACAGUACCACUCUCGCCAGAGCUCCAUCAUCGAGUUGAACAGCAGCUACUUCAAAUGAAACACCGCACAUAUCUAUGGCUACAUCUAGCCAUUGAUGAUAUUCGCACUACCUUCAAAGACAGCCUCCGGCCUUCAGAGGAUCGGAUCACGCUGAUACCACCUUCUGUGAAUGCCGCAUAUGAGAAGAUACUCUGUCGAGUCCCAGCCGGUCUAAUGGAUAGAGUCAAGAAGAUCCUAGAGAUCAUCGUGGCGGCACGGCGUCCUCUGACAAUAGGAGAGAUGGCUAUGGCGUUGGGAAUUGCUACUAGCUCAGGCCUACCGACAACUAAUCAGGCUGGGCUAGAUCCAAUUGGUUUAGACGGCAAGCUUCGGCGAUGGUGCGGCCUGUUUGUCUUCACGAACAAUUCGAAAAUUUAUCUCAUCCAUCAGACAGCCAGAGAAUUUCUCAUUGAGAAGAACAAUUCCAGCAAUCCUAAUUCUGGAUACUGGAACAGCCUGACUCAUGCGGAAGAUCGAAUGGCUGAGAUCUGUUUGAGAUACUUAUUGAUGGAGGAUUCAGAAUACGAUGAAGACGAAUCGGGCUCCCUUACUGGAUGUUUCUUGGAAUAUUCAGCAGCUCAUUGGCCUGAUCACGUACGAAACAUGGCUUUGACUUCAAUCCAAAAGGAAUCCGACCGAGUGCAUCUAUUAUACGACAUAAUUGGGAAACCGUUCUCAAUGUGGUUCCCCAUUUUUUGGAAGGCAGUCAGACCAUACGAAGAAGCUCCUGUAAUGAGUGCACUGCAUGUGGCAGCGUUCAAUGGCCAUGAACAGGAGGUACAGUAUAUACUUGAUGUGGAUAAUAGUGAUGUCAAUACGCCUGAUGAUAGAAAAACAUAUCCGGUCAUGUGGGCUGCAUUAAAUGGAUAUGCUACGAUCGUGGAGCUUCUGCUAGGGCGAGGAGCCGAUGUCAACGCCCAGGGUGGACGUUACGGAAAUGCCCUACAGGCUGCUUGUUUUGGAGGACAUGACAAGACCGCACAGAUGCUGCUAGAGCGAGGAGCCGAUGUCAACACCCAGGGUGGACGUUACGGAAAUGCCCUCCAGGCUGCUUGUGACGAAGGACACUACAAGACCGCACAGAUGCUGCUAGAGCGAGGGGCCGAUGUCAACGCUCAGGGUGGACGUUACGGAAAUGCCCUCCAGACUGCUUGUUCUGGAGGACACGACAAGACCGCACAAAUGCUGCUAGAGCGAGGAGCCGAUGCCAACGCCCAGGGUGGAGCCUACGGAAAUGCCCUCCAGGCUGCUUGUUUUGGAGGACAUGACAAGACCGCACAGAUGCUGCUCGAGCGAGGAGCCGAUGCCAACACCCAGGGUGGGCAUUACGGAAAUGCCCUUCAGGCUGCUUGUUUUGGAGGCCACGACAAGAUCGCACAGAUGCUGCUAGAGCGAGGAGCAGAUGCCACCGCCCAGGGUGGACGUUACGGAAAUGCCCUCCAGGCUGCUUGUUCUGGAGGACACGACAAGACCGCACAAAUGCUGCUAGAGCGAGGAGCAGAUGCCAACACCCAGGGUGGAGCCCACGGAAAUGCCCUCCAGGCUGCUUGUUUUGGAGGACAUGACAAGACCGCACAGAUGCUGCUCGAGCGAGGAGCCGAUGCCAACACCCAGGGUGGAGCCUACGGAAAUGCCCUUCAGGCUGCUUGUUCUAGAGGCCACGACAAGACCGCACAGAUGCUGCUAGAGCGAGGAGCAGAUGCCACCGCCCAGGGUGGACGUUACGAAAAUGCCCUCCAGGCUGCUUGUUCUGGAGGACACGACAAGAUCGCACAAAUGCUGCUAGAGCGAGGAGCCGAAGCCAACGCCCAGGGUGGACGUUACGGAAAUGCCCUUCAGGCUGCUUGUUCUAGAGGCCACGACAAGACCGCACAGAUGCUGCUAGAGCGAGGAGCCGAUGCCAACGCCCAGGGUGGACGUUACGGAAAUGCCCUUCAGGCUGCUUGUUCUAGAGGCCACGACAAGAUCGCACAGAUGCUGCUAGAGCGAGGAGCAGAUGCCAACGCCCAGGGUGGAUUAGACGGAAAUGCCCUCCAAGCAGCUCGUCUGGGAGGAUACCACCAUAUAGUGAAACUUCUCCAGGAACAUCAAUGUGCUGAUCAGUCGACCUCCCGACCUCCCCCUUCCAAAAGGCUGAAGGUUUCAUCAUGA